AUGAGAUUGAACUUUUUAACCCGGAUUACACAAUUUGUUCCGACGUUAUACAACAUUCCACCCACGAUUGCCCUGGAGAAUAAUUUUUUAAUAAUUUUAUAUUUUAUAUUUAUGAUUUUGAGUAGGAUUAGACUAGUUAGUGUUUCAGGUGAUGUGUUGGCGUCAGUGCCCUGGGUUGGUACUUCGAGGCUGGUUAGUAUCAUGGACCAGGUGGUACAAAGAGGCCCAAAUGACCAGAAAACAUGGAAUAUCCUGACUAGAAGAGCUGACUUGAUUAUGGAUAGUUUUAGCAGUAAUAAUUUAUCCAGAAUGGUAGUUAUUCUUACUAAAAGCCCGUUAUCUGACUUAAAUUUUAAGGAAAAAUUGAAGAAACAAUCGUUAAAAAUGGUUCAAGACUCUGAUUUACUCUCAUGCUGUGGGUUUCUAUUUGGGUUUAGUAAGAUGGGACUUUGUGACUCAGAUAUCGCUGUAAAAUUUAGAGAAAGAAUAAUCUCAGAACUUUCCUCAGCCAAGAAUUCAUACCCUCUCGUUCUAAUAUUGAGUGUGUAUAGUAAGAAUAAGGAUGAGAAGAUGGUAAAAUUAUUGUUAAAAGAGCUGUUAGAGCAUAUGGAAACAAUGACACCAAAGUCAUUUUCGAUGGUAAUCUCAGACGUUUUAACCAAUUUCAACACUGAAGAAAUAUUCUUAACCUUAGAUCCCUUCAUUAUUAGUUCAUUAAAGUGUAUGAAUAGUAUGGAUUUAAGGUCAUUGGUACAACUUUACAGUGUUUUCUCCACUACGAAUCAUCCACUGAGAGGGGAAUAUUUACAAAAUUUAGCCAGAAACAUGAGUAAACUAGUGAUCCACGCGUCAUUACAUCAACUUUCUGUGAUUCUGAGAGGUUACUCAAAGUCACUGGUUGACACUGAGCUACUACAAAUGGUAUUAUCAGCUCUUAAAUUAAAGUAUAAUUCCGGUGAAUUACAGGAAUUAUUAUUCAUCCUAUCCCACCUCUUAAAGCUUAAUUUGACAGACUUGGACUUGACAAGGAAUUUAUUGUGUAAAAUAGUAAAAUUUAACAAUUUUAACCCAUUGCAAUUCUCUAACUUGGCCUAUUUGUGCGGGAAAUUUGGAAUUCAAAUUUCUCAAGAAUUUGUUAUACAGAACUUUCAAAACCUUAAAAAUGAUUUUUCAACACGAGAUUUAGCUUUAUUUACCUGUGGAAUUUGUAAAUUAGGAAUAUUGUCGCUUUUUCCAGAAGUUAAGGAGAUGGCAAAUAACGCCCUAAAACAACCUGAAACCCUUAACACACAGUCAUACCACAUUCUAUCAACCGUACUACGACACACUAACUAAUGUAAUAUUAAA